UUAUGCUAGUGAGUCUCGCGAAUUGAUAAUUUUUAAGAUUUUGUGAGUCGGCCAUCGUUUCUUCAUGUACUGCAUUUUCAUAGAACCUUGAUACGCUACCAUUUGGAAACGUGUUGCUCUUCCAUUCUGCUCUGCAAACGAAGUGAAAUUGAUUUCGUAACACGGUGCUACGUAAAUGAGUUUGUCUGUCGCUGAAGACUGUAUCAUAACCAUUUGUAGCUCAGCACUUGGCUGUAACGGUAGAUUUAGUUUUUCCUAAGUUUUGUAAUACAGUAAACAUUCAGGGACGAAAGUACCAUAGUAGUAUAGGUGUUUCUCAGGCUGUGUAACCUCCAGCGCUGGUUGUAAAUCGGACGACGGAAGCCAUUGUUCUUUGGUUUAACUUUGCAUUUAUGUACUUUUGAGUUCCUUGUGCAUUUGUCCAUCAUAAAAAUGGCCGAAGAUUUUGAUGUAGAAGCAAUGUUGGAAGCGCCGUAUAAGAAAGGAACCCUUACAUGUCACAGCUUGGCUCAGAUCCGAGCCUCAGCUCCGGGCAGGGGCCCAAAGCACAGAGGUACAACAAAAAUUUAGUUAGGGUCCCCAAGAUGAGUAUGCGACUCUUAUCCAAGAGGCGAUUCUUCGGUGGAUCAAGACUGAUUCCAGGAAACAGUGGAUGUAAAAGCCUUGUUUAAAUGCUUCCAGUUUCACUAAAAUGUGUAAUCACAUUUUGGCAUACAGUGAAAGCGGUACAAAUUAUUUGCAUGUAUGGAUUGUAUGUGUCUGUGGAUGUUUGUGGAAUAGUCUUUUCAGCUGUGAACAUUUGUAGGAUUUGUACCUAAAAUUUCUCAUGUACUGUCUUUAAAGACUUAGGUACUUUUAUAACAGUUCAUGAAUUAUUAAAGUUAAAUGUUGUGCUGAGUUUGCCAUUUUUGUUUACUUGAGACUUAGUAUUGGUUCCAUAACCUGGCUGCAGUAUAUUUAAUUCAAGAAAAAUGAAUUGAGAUAUAGUUAGGUGUAUCUUAUAGAAGACAUUCUUACGUAAGAUCCAUUUUAAAAGUUCACACAUUUUUUAGCAAAAUCUAGAAGGCUUGUGGCAUAUGAAACUAAAUUAGUUUGGGCAUAAUUGAGAACUUGGUUUUGUUAGCUUCUGCUGUGUACUUGUUUUGAUGCAUUGGUCUGAUUGACAUUUUACACACGAGUUGCAUAUUUUACACCUCCUGUUAAAUCCCUCUUGAGAGAGGAUGUAUGCCAUGAUUUCUUCUUGUGUUCUUAUAGGAGCAUUGAUGAAGCCAAUGUGUGUGGUACUUCUGGAAAGGGGUAUCAAGUUAUGAAAAAUGGAACUGUAAUUGGCUCACAAUUAUAUGUCUACCCCAGUAGUCCCACUGAAUGUGGCAAGUAAAUAGUUUCUCCAUGUGUCAAAAAGUGAGGUGACAGUAGCAUUCAGUGCUGCCAUUCAUACUGUUCUCCUGAUAGUUAGCCCCUUUUUUUCUACUGGCAUGACACCAAAGAAUGAAAAAUCACCUGGGGGCUGUUAUUCAAGUAUUAUUUUUGUAAAACAUAUUUGAAAACUAAAUUUCUCCAGUACAGCUCUUGGUUAUUGUUGUAUUAAUCAAAGGAAGAAAAUUAUUGAUUACAAGUUGACAUAAUGUGGUGGUUAUAAUACCCUCCAGAAGUUGAAUUUAUGUAGCAAAAAAUCAGCGUGCAAUACAUGCCAGUUUUUUUUGUCAAAGGGAAGUAGUAGCAAAAGCAGGGUUAAAGUUAAGAUGUCUGCAGUUACGUCCUAAAAGGAACAGUUUUAGGAGUGAACAAACACCUUCGGGACUGAAGUAUCUAAAUCAUAUAGGCAAUGUCUCAACUGUUAAAUCUCUACUGCGAUCCCCCCCCCCCCCCCCCCCCCUGCCAGUAAGGUACCUGUAACAAAGUUCAUAUUGCUUCAGAAGAUUUUUGCUGCAUUUCAUGUAGUGUUACAAUUUUCAGUUAAAUCUUUCCAUCUCUAUUAAUCCACAUUGUUACUGUAACAUCUUAUUGAUAUAUUCUUGGAUUCCCUUAUGGUUUAGGGUUUGUAGAUUCAAGCCACUGUCACAUUAGGGUGUGUUAAAAGUAUUCUUUUACAGUCAUAGUAUUCAUAAUUUUAGUUACUCACCGGAAACUUGUAGAGUUAGUUGGAAAGAGCAAGAAACACAGAAAAAAUUAGUAUAUUGGCUGUAUUUAAUUUAGUGUAGAUUUUCAGUUUAUUUUUGAGAGAAUCCUUUUCAUUGUGGAAAUUGCUGUAGACCUUUCUGAAAGCACAAAAGUUAAGGUAGUCCCCCUUUCAGAUUUUGAAUGUGUGUUUGCCCCCCCUCCCAGGAGCAGGCCCUUACUGCAGUUCCUUUUAUUAUGCACAAGAAGUGGCUCAAGGUUGAUACAGGACUCUUAUAUUCUUAAAUUGAUGACCUCACAGUGAUUAAACAUAGAAGUGGUCCCUUACGACAGCGUUUCAGUAAUAAUUCUAAUCAAUUGCAUUUCCAAUUUUACAUUCUAAUACCCACAUUCUUUUGCAGUUUUGUUUUUAAAACAGAGAGUUGGUUUCGAGAGUGUUAUAACUUCUAAGUUUACCAGACCUGCCUAAAUCUGCUUAUUAGGCAAGUAUUUGAUUAAUUUGAAUGUAAAUUCAUAAUUUCUCUCAGAAGUUCCAUUUUUCGAAAAAGACCUUUCACAAGCUCUAUCUUUACAGAAUUAAGAGUAUGGUACUGUAAAUGGUGCAGCACUUGGAAUUAUAGUGUAGGCUUUGGGGCACUAAUCACCUCCAGUAUGUUUAGCAAGCUGGCUCAACAACCCUGGGAAAGAAGAGGAACCAGCCUUUUAAUGUAGUUUUAAUGACGUUGGAUUGGAGUAAAAUAUUAAUGGAACUCCGAUGUUUUUCUUCCUUUUUCCCUUCAACGUGAUGGCUGGUUGCGGGGAUUACCAACACUUUGUGUGCUGCUGUUUCCUAGGAUGACGCUGGGAGCAACAAAACAACAGUGAAGGAAAAUGGCACAUCAAGCAGUCAUCGAUCAUCAGGGUAAGGUCUAGUAAUAUAUGUUACAGAAAAUUUAGUGUUACAUUAACUCUUUACUGGUGUAACAUGUCACAAAAGUAAGUGAUGACUAUUGUUCUGUUUGUUAUAGAAUACUGUUCAGUACAUUCCAGUGAAUUAAUAAUUUUUGUUGGUGAGUAUGGAUGUGAUGCAGUUUUAAGCGCGAGGUAUCUCAAAAGAAGUUUCUUUCUUUAAUUUGGUUUCUGAUCAGCUUUCACAGACCUCUUUUAGUGUGUUAGAACUCUUCACGUCACCCUUUGUUUAGUUGUGUUGGAGAACACAUUCAUUCAGGCCACUAAAUAAUAUGUUUACAUUAUGCAGGAAAAGCAAACAUCGGAGUCGCAGUAGGUCCCGUGAUAAAGGACGUCAUCGGAGCCGGUCUAGAGAUCGCCACCGUGAUCAUCACCGGGACCAUGAGAAGAGACGCAGCAGGGACCGAGAUCGCCAUGACAAAGAAAGGAGGAGGAGCAAGGACAGAGAUCACCAUAGGAGAAGGGACAGGUCUCGUGACCGCGAACGUGAACGUGAAAGGGAAAAGGAAAAGGAGAAGGAAAGGGAGAGAGAACGAGAACGAGAGAGGGAAAAGGAGAGGGAAAGGGAACGAGAAAGGCGGAAAAGAUCUUUGUCACCUAUUGUGCUUCCUCGUGCAAGAGACAAGUACCCUUUCAGAAAAGGAGUCUCACCACUGGGAUUGGGUGCCACUGAUGAUCUUGCUCCUGAAGAACGUGAUGCACGGACUGUCUUUUGCAUGCAGUUAUCACAGAGAAUCAGAGCAAGAGACCUGGAAGAAUUUUUCUCAUCUGUUGGAAAAGUUAGAGACGUCAGGCUUAUCACUUGCAACAAAACUCGCCGUUUUAAAGGCAUAGCUUAUGUUGAAUUCAGGGAUCCUGAAUCUGUCCCUUUGGCACUUGGUUUGUCAGGACAAAAGCUGCUUGGUAUUCCCAUUAUAGUUCAGCACACUCAGGCUGAGAAAAACAGGGCAGGCAAUACAAUGCCAAAUAUGGUUGUGCCUAAAGGAAACAGUGGCCCAAUGAGACUUUAUGUGGGGUCUCUGCACUUUAAUAUUACAGAAGAUAUGCUGCGCGGUAUUUUUGAACCUUUUGGAAAGAUUGACAAUAUCCAGUUGAUCAUAGACCCAGAGACAGGAAGGUCGAAAGGCUAUGGGUUCCUGACGUUUCACAAUGCUGAAGAUGCCAAGAAAGCACUAGAGCAGCUGAAUGGAUUUGAAUUGGCUGGCCGUCCUAUGAAGGUGGGAAAUGUAACUGAGAGAUCAGAUUCUGCUCAGGGUACGUCGAUAUUGGACAGUGAUGAAUUAGACAGGACAGGAAUUGAUCUUGGUGCGACUGGCAGAUUGCAGCUGAUGUGCAAGUUAGCAGAAGGUACAGGAAUGCAGAUUCCUCAGGCUGCAGCAACAGCAUUAAACUUAAAUUCUGCUGGAGCUCUCCCAAUGCAGCAAACGACACCCCCAAUUGCCACACAGUGCUUUAUGUUGGCAAACAUGUUUGACCCGUCUACGGAAACCAAUCCAAAUUGGGAUAUCGAAAUUAGGGAUGAUGUGAUAGAAGAGUGUAACAAACAUGGUGGUGUCUUGCAUGUUUAUGUAGACAAAGCAUCAUUACAAGGAAAUGUCUAUGUAAAGUGCCCCUCAAUCAGCACAGCUGUGGCAGCAGUGAACUCGUUACAUGGCAGGUGGUUUGCAGGUAGAGUAAUAACAGCAGCAUAUGUCCCACUAAUUAAUUACCACAGCUUAUUCCCAGAUGCAAUGACAGCACUACAGUUAUUAAUGCCAUCAGCUGCGAGAAGAGGGAUGUGAAAUUGACUGAAAAUGCCAAAAAACAAAUGUACACUAGACUGUGAGAUCACAUUCGUGAUAAUUACGUGGCACAGGAACACAUAGGGUGCAUUCUGAAAAUCAGCUUGUUUCAGAAUGUGUGUGUUGUGUCAACAUGUGAAAUUUAUUCUGUAUAUAAUGAAUAUUUGAUGAAUGUGUGAGAUAUUAGUGUAUGUUAAUAUUUUUAUGUUGUUUAAACUUUUUAUGUUAGGAGAAUGAGAGUAUUUCUAUGUUGUAAUGUGUUUAUCUUUUUGUACAGUUGCAUUGUACUGAAGUAAAGCACUGACUUUGUGA